AACGAACUGCCUUUGCUCUCACCUUCCCUCUCUUCUCGUCCGGUUGAAUCUAAACAUCAGGUGAAAGAAGCACAUGAAUCAAGCGUGUUUUAUUUUUUCUCUCCAAUGGUUAUAUAUGAAGAGAAUGCUGUGGAAUGCGGCCAUUUGGGUUCCGGGCAAACAAGCUGCCCUACUGUCACCCAGCAGCAGCGCAUGAGAGAGGCUCGAGGACGGACUCCUCCCCACCUACCCGUGACACUUUCAAGACAGCGCUGAGAAAGGAUAGCAGCCUUUUUCGGCCAGUCUGCGAACAGAGCAGUGAGACAGCGUUACGUAUAAACGACUUCACUGCAGCCGGGGGUUGCCUAUGUGGCUUUCUAAAGUUCCACCUCUGAAAACGUUGACAUCUGACGGACUCGAGCUAAAGCGCGAGAUUGCUUCUUUUCGUUUCUCAUUAUUGGACUUGGACCUACCCUCUGCGCUGUUGAUUCCCAGCGAACAGUCCUGACACGGAUCCAGCUCAGCGCAUGCCAUGACCUUACAGAGACUGCUGUAUUAGAUGGUCAUUCUAAUCAACGUUUUAUACAUCUGACUGCAUGUAUUGAUAUCCCUUUUUGUACAUUUGUGUGAAAAAAAGUGUCUGCCCUAGGAGUGAUUUUUACUUAUCCUGGAGCCGUCAAAGCUGACGUCCCAUGAACACAUAAAACUGAACCCGGACACUGAACCUGAGCGAGAUGCACUACACACAGUGACACUUGCAUUUGAUAACUUCACCUGCUACUGUCGUCAAUUAAUUUGAACCAAGUGACCAGCAAGGCGUCAUCUAUAUCGCAGGUUGCGCUAUCAAAGCCCUUAGCACGUAGUGGUGUAGGAGACAGAGAUUUUCUGUUGUAUUGAAUUGUCCUGCCGUUUUCUGUCAUCCAUAAACUGCGACAGAGGAAAGAAAAGGCACACAAAUGUAAACGAAAGAAGGCAUCUCUCCAGCUGAAGUGUACCUAGAACUGACAGAUCGUGCAGUCUCCCCACAUCGAAGAGGAAUACGUGCCGAACUUUGCCGUUGUGAUGUUGAAAGUGGAGAUGGUGCUAUUUGUCUUUCUGGUGCUAUGGAUGUGUGUAUUCAGCCAGGAGCCCAGCUCCAAGGUGGUGGCCGACCGGUAUGCCGUCUUCUGGAACCGAACCAACCCCAGGUUCCAUCGUGGAGACUACCACAUUGACGUGUGUAUAAACGACUACCUGGAUGUGUUCUGUCCCCACUAUGAAGACAUGGUGCCGGAGGAGCUGAUGGAGCGCUACGUCCUCUACAUGGUCAACUACGACGGCUACAGUACGUGUGACCACACAGCCAAGGGCUUUAAACGCUGGGAGUGUAACAGGCCUCACUCCCCCAAUGGACCACUCAAGUUCUCCGAGAAGUUCCAGCUCUUCACCCCCUUCUCUCUGGGCUUCGAGUUCAGACCGGGCAGAGAGUACUACUACAUCUCCUCCACCAUCGCCGAGAAUGGACGAAGAACAUGCCUGAAACUCAAAGUCUUUGUCCGACCAUCAAACAGCUGUGUGAAAACUAUAGGUGUACAUGACCGUGUUUUUGACGUAAACGACAAAGUAGACAAUUCAUUAGAACCCCGAGAUGAUACAAGUCAUGAAUCUGCCGAACCGUCCAGGAGUGACGCCACAAGUGCAGCCUCACACUUGCGGAUAGCCAGACCACUGCUGGCUGCACUGCUAAUCUGCUUAGCAACACUCUUCACCUUAUAGCGCCUCCCCCUGUCCUGGAGGGGAAUUACACCCUGCGCAGCCUGAAUCUACCCAAUGAUGAGGCUGGGGCUAGGGUGGGAGAAUGGGCGGUGGGGAGGGGGGGGGGGGGGUAUUGAGAGUGGGCUUCUUAAGGAACACUAUUUUUUCCAGAUAUUUAAGUGGUCUUUCUCCGUCAGUGAGUUCGAAAAAGUUGAUGUUGGAUGUGGAAGAAACUGUUUCCCCCUUAAAACUGUCAACUAAGAUGCCAAAUCCCUAUUUUUUGACACUUAGUGAUUCUUGUUUUCCCUUCUGACAUCCCUUUACGUCAUGCCGAUUCAUUGCACCACUCACAUACACACAUAUACAGGUACACACACCUAAACACACUUUUACACAGACCGUUUUUCACAGCUCUUUGGUAGGUUGUAAAGCAGCAAUACACAGCAGGUCAUGGUUGUUUUAGCUCUUAUCUAGAAAAAUAGAACAGAGAUGAGUAGUACUCACACCUCUCUCCUAGUCUUUAGACUCAUCUCUUUCAGCAUCAGGUGGAUACAGAUAGCUGGGUCUUUGUUAGGUGUUACAGAUAGUGGAACACCACGUAGGUAUCAGUUGAGAUACAGUGUAGAACAUGUUUAGUAGGAGAGAAAAGGACAUGAGUGAGCUGAGUUGGUUGAAGUAUUAAGUCCCCUGGCCUCUUUGAUUAAGGUAUGCUGUCAUGUACCCUCUUUGUGUGUAGAGAGAAUGGUUGGAAACUUUUGGCAUGACACAAAGAAAAGACAAAUAAAAACAACAGUCCGUUGGGUGGAUGAAAGUUCAAAUAUUUGGAAGAUUACUCAAUUUAUGAGGGGCAACAGGCAGUUGGGCUUUAUUCACUGACUUAAUGAAUCUAUAAUUGCUCUUUAGUGUCAGACAAUGCUUUGUGAGUAAUAACAAUCUGAACCCUCACUGAUGGCACUUUUGAUUCAGUUUGUUAUAAAACCUUUUCACUGAGUUUUACCUGACAUACUCGGCCUUCUCUUGCUGAUAUUUUAAAUGUCAUCUAUGAUUAUGGCAAAGACGUUUAUCUAUCAAAGUGGGGGAAGAUUUGUGUUGUUCAAAGGUUCUGUCAACAGUUUAGAGAAGAAAGCUCCUCUACCUCUGUGAAAGCUACCAACAUUUGAAGAGGCUGCCUCUCUCACCAUGUUACAAAACAGCCCUUUUUGAAUAUGAAAUAAUACCACUUCCCUACAAGGCAAAUAGAGAUUUUUCCUACAAUUGCUUAUCAUUAGUUCACUUAGACGUACUGUAGAGUUUGGCAUAUGGAAUCGUCCCCCAGCAUAGCUUUCUACCAUACCCAGUAAGGAGGCACCACCAUCUAGGAAACAGUGUUGCUUUACUGUAUUUCUUUACCACUCAUGUAUAACCACAACUUCAACUAUAACCUCGGAUUCAAAUGCUGUAGCUACAGUCCAUUAUAGCAGGCUGCCUGUUCCCCAUUCAUUUUACUACCGCAUAAUUCAAUCUCAUCAUAAUCAACUCACAAUGAGUAUGUUAAUAGAGAAAAUCUCCUUUAACAUCGAGGCGGAGCGCAGAGUAGUUUAGUUUGGCCAUGUUUUGUAUUGGCCCCCAUUUAUACAUUGUACUGCUGUAUAAUGACAUUCAACUUCCUUAGACUCACAAAGGAUCAGAUGGUAGAUUAACAUAGCUGGAGCGAUUUGUAAAUGGAAAUGCUGUUAUUCUGUUCUUUCUUUCCCGGAGUAGGAUGGACAGAUACAUGAAUUAGGUGUGUUGAUACAGGUCUGCUUUCACACACACACAGAGAGAGAGAGAGAGACAGAGAGAGAGACAGACAGACAGACAGACAGACAGACAGACAGACAGACAGACAGACAGACAGACAGACAGACAGACAGACAGACAGACGAGAGGUUGCGUGCCUAGUUACCGGUCCUACUGUGACUCUUUAAUGAGGUUCAAAAUGACAGGCAUGCAGACCUCAUGUUUUGGAGUUCGGGAGUUAUUUCAGCUGUUAAAAAUAGAUGGUGGAAGGCCUGGGGGUUUUAAAGCGUCAGUGACCUUGCAGUUAUAGAGGGCUGGAGAGUGAAGGAGAUAGGGGAGAGAGAAAGAAAGAGCGAAAGAGAUUGAAAGCAAGAAGUGUAGGAGGAAGGCAGUUGCAUAUAUGACUGGAGUGCCUAACAAAAAAUACCCAAUGCAAACUUUGUAAAAACACUAGCUAAAAAUGGAAUACACACCUAUACACACCUAAUUCUACCCAAAGGCAUUUUUAUUUUUUUGUUUUGAUAUAUUUUUUGUUGUUGCUUUUUCGCAGCUGCCUUCUACAGUAUAUUCUUCUCCUGAAGGGUUGUGUGUGCUUUCGGCCAUAUUUGUUUUCGUACUAUGGGAACAAUGCUAUUACUGUAGAAUAGCAGCUCAGCUUUCGGGGUUAACAAGAGAGGACGCCAUAUAAAGGGGUGCUAAAUUUCACCAGAACACCAUAGGGGAUGGGUGCCAUGUUCAAUCCAAGAUGGCCGCCUGUCAUCGACUUAACGUUAUAGCCAACACUUUUUGGGGAAGUCCAGCUUCAAUUCUAUUUUAUUAUAAUUACCCGUACUACUCUAUCGUUAUUGCUACUAUUAUUACCAUGGUUUAUUCUGUACACACGUUAACUUGGGAAAUAAGGAUCAACUUGUUAGCUGGAUACCGUGUAUCCUGAGGUAGUCAACCAUAUAACAUGUAGUGUUAGAUUAGUUACUGUUUUUGUACCUUUCUGGUGGACAAAGGAAAAAUUAGACACUUCAUUGUUAAAAACUGUAUUAUUGUUAUUAUUGUUAUGAUGAUGAUGAUGAUAUUUAUUAUUAGCAAAAACUUGAUGUAAAUAGUGUUUGAUAUUAAAGUAUUCAUUUGAUUCAGAUGUCUUUUCUAAAAACAAACAAAUAAUGAACACAGUAGAAUCUCUGGAUAUUUGGGAGUGUACACGCAAAUAACAGUGCAUUGUGAACUGUCAUUUUCAAUGCCUACUGAUGCUUUGAGAAACCUGUACACACAUGUGCUUACCUGUGUACUUGUGCUUGUGUGUACUUGACUUCACCUUUGCAUCUACGCGUGCCUGUGUACAGCAGGCUGGACUGAAAGCCAAUGGGGGCCUCGCCUGUUACAUAACUAUGUUUCCAACCAACCAAUCCACAGCCACCGUCACCAGUUCAUCACAAGGAUCCCUACAGAACAGACAGAGAGAAUAGAAUAGACGUGGACAAGAUUAACAGUGUUUGUGCUUUUUCGCCUUCAAUGUUUGAUAGCAUGUUGGCCAACCCAGAGUUUUGCCAUGGAUGGACUGUUGGUUGGCUUUUUAUUGGAAGGAUCUUGCCGUUUCAUGCGCAUGGACUUGAUAACAAAACAUAAAAUGUGUUUUUCUUGUUCUUUUUUUUUCCUUUUGAACUUUGUUGAACGUUGGAUUCUGUCUUUUUCUUCCCCACUGUCAUGUUGUAUGCUUUGCAUCCCAUUGAAAUGAAGUCAUCCAGCUGUGAGGCUGUGUGGCUACAGAAACAGAUGACAUGUACAUAACACCAGCGCUUGUUAAGGAAUUACAGAGGGGGUGGAGUUAUAGAUAGGGGCUGGGGUUACAUAGGAGGGUGGGGUUACAUAGGAGGGGUGGGGUUAUAGAUAGGGGCUGGGGUUACAUAGGAGGGUGGAGUUAUAGAUAGGGGCUGGGGUUACAUAGGAGGGUGGGGUUACAUAGGAGGGCUGGGGUUACAUAGGAGGGUGGGGUUACAUAGGAGGGUGGGGUUAUAGAUAGGGGCUGGGGUUACAUAGGAGGGUGGAGUUAUAGAUAGGGGCUGGGGUUACAUAGGAGGGUGGGGUUACAUAGGAGGGCUGGGGUUACAUAGGAGGGUGGGGUUAUAGAUAGGGGCUGGGGUUACAUAGGAGGGUGGGGUUACAUAGGAGGGUGGGGUUAUAGAUAGGGGCUGGGGUUACAUAGGAGGGUGGAGUUAUAGAUAGGGGCUGGGGUUACAUAGGAGGGUGGGGUUACAAUAGGAGGGCUGGGGUUACAUAGGAGGGUGGGGUUAUAGAUAGGGGCUGGGGUUACAUAGGAGGGUGGGGUUACAUAGGAGGGUGGAGUUAUAGAUAGGGGCUGGGGUUACAUAGGAGGGUGGGGUUAUAGAUAGGGGCUGGGGUUACAUAGGAGGGUGGGGUUACAUAGGAGGGUGGAGUUAUAGAUAGGGGCUGGGGUUGCAUAGGAGGGUGGGGUUACAUAGGAGGGUGGGGUUCCAGAGGGGGGUAGGGUUCCAGAGGGGGGCAAUUUUAGCGUUUGAGAUAAUAUUUUUUUUCUUUGAGGAUGAAUCCUCUGGUAACCUUAUUAUGUAUUCCUACCAUGUAGCUGCAGACAGUCCAUUCUGACUAUUCAUGCCCUCUUUAAUGGGAGUGUGUGUGUGUGUGUGUGUAUGUGUGUGUGUGUGUGUGUGUGUGUGUGUGUGUGUGAGAGAGAGAGAGAGAUUGAGCCUCCAAAAUUGUGUCAGAGGGAGAGGUUGUGUGUGCUAACCUAUUUGUCUGCAUGCUUGUGUAAACAAGCAUGUGUGAGAGUAAGUGUGUGUUAUCAAAUGCGUUUUACGCAAAAAUGUGCAUGAGCAAGUACUCUAGUGUGUGUAUGUGUGUGUGUGUGUGUGUGUGUGAGUUCGUGUCUCAUUUACUAUUGCCGCACUGAAUGGGACGCGGCAACUUUCUUUGGCAACAAAGCGGUUUUCCCAUGCCUUAGUCCUGAAACCUCUGCCAUGCCAGAACAAUCUGGGUUCAAUACACCCCGUCACCCUCCCCCGCCGUGGAAUGGGUGCUGGCGGCACAAAGGCUACCCUCCCUGUUUUGGAAUUUGAACCCCCAGCCUCCUCACCAUAGCCUAGUCGCCAGACCACAUAGUAUGUUAGCUUAGCUAAGUCACUACUUGGUUGGGGUAGAAGUUAUCCAUUGGCACAGAUCUAGCAUCAGCUUACCCUCACCCUAUCUAAACCUAAACCGUUAGGGGGGAAGCGCUAAAACACUGGCUUGACUGAUCUUAGAUCAGACAGCAUGGCAAACUUCCGCCUGCUCCUGUCACCAGCUCCCCACGCAUCGCCAUGUCUUGAGAACCACUCAUUUGUGUGUGCACCCAAUCCCAUUCUGCAUACUCCUCUUGUGCUAUUAACCACCCCCACCCCCUGCUCUCCCCCUCUCCUCUGGUCCUAUUUGGGGGGCAGAAGUAUUGACCGACCUGCUUUUUUCCAGUAUAUAAACAAUAACGAGAAACUGACAAAAUUAUCAGAGGUCUGUAUUUGUAUAUACAUGUCUGAGCAAUUAUGAAUACUAUUAAUAAAAUGGAAAUACAUUGCUUUGA